AUGGAUGCCAUAACAUUCAGAUUUUUGAUGAGCUUAGCAGCGUCUCAAAAUCUUGAAAUGUAUCUCAUGGAUGUUGUGACAGCAUAUCUAUAUGGAUCUCUUGAAAAUGAGAUAUAUAUGAAAAUCCCAGAAGGAUUAAAAAUGCCUGAGGAUUUGAAAUCAAAGGCUAAGGAGAUCUGUUCGGUCAGAUUACAGCGAUCACUUUAUGGACUAAAACAGUCCGGACGCAUGUGGUAUAAUCGCUUAAGUGAAUAUUUGUUGAGUAAAGAUUACGUCAACAAUGCGAUAUGCCCUUGCGUAUUCAUUAAGAAAUCCUCGUCAGGAUUUGUGAUUAUUGCUGUAUAUGUAGAUGACCUGAACAUGAUUGGAACUCAAAAGGAAAUUGAUGAUGCAAGAACUCAUAUGAAAGAAGAGUUUGAAAUGAAAGAUCUUGGAAAGACAAAGUUUUGUCUUGGGCUCCAGAUAGAGCAUUUCCAAGAUGGUAUAUUUGUGCAUCAGUCAAAUUACACUAAAAGAGUGUUAAAACGCUUUUAUAUGGACAAAGCAACUCCUUUGAGUACUCCAAUGGUUAAUAGAUCUCUUGAUGUUGAAAAGGAUCCAUUCCGUCCUUGUGAGGAUAACGAGGAAGUGUUAGGUCCUGAAGUACCUUACAUGAGCGCUAUUGGUGGACUAAUGUAUCUUGCAAAUUGCACUAGACCAGAUAUAGCUUUUGCUACUAAUCUGCUUGCAAGAUAUAGUUCGUCCCCUACGCGCAGACAUUGGAAUGGAAUAAAACAUAUUUUUCGUUAUCUUCAAGGAUCAAUUGAUUUAGGAUUAUUUUAUCCUAAGAACUCAAAAUGUGUUUUAGUUGGUUUUGCUGAUGCAGGAUAUCUAUCAGAUCCACACAAAGCUAGAUCGCAAACAGGUUAUGUUUUCACAAUUGGUGGAACUGCGGUCUCCUGGCGUUCGCAAAAGCAAACUUUGGUUGCAACGUCUUCAAAUUAUGCAGAAACUAUUGCUCUCCAUGAAGCAUGUAGAGAGUGUGUGGCUCCGGUCUAUGACUCAUCACAUACAAGAAUCAAGUGGAAUGAUCAUAGAGAAAGAGCCAACAAAAAUAUUUGA